AUGCUGGCCUACAUAACUCGUUUCAACAAGGAAGCCCUCUCAAUUAACGAAGCUGACGAUAAGAUACUCGUAGCUGCAUUUACUAGCGGGCUAUGGAAGGGUAAGUUCUUGUUUUCUUUACACAAGAAUGACCCAAAGACCAUGACGAACGUGCUCUACAGAACUACCAAAUACAUGAAUGCAGAAGAUGCAUUGCUAGCACGCGAGGAAAAGCCUAAGAAGAGGGAGAGGCAGGAAGACACGCGACAAGAUAGGGGGCGAAAGGUUGCUAGAACCGGAGAUCAACGAGAUGAAAAGCGCCCUAGACCCCCCAUUGGAAGGUUCAGCAAUUUCACCCCAUUAACUGCCCCGAUCGAUCAAGUUUUGAUGCAAAUCAAAGAUGAAGGAGCACUGACGUUCCCUGGUAAAUUAAAGGGAUAUCCCAACAAAAGGCCAAGGGACAAGUAUUGUCGCUUUCACCGAGACCACGGGCACGACACAGGCAAUUGCUACGACUUAAAGCAGCAAAUUGAGGCCCUUAUCAGACAAGGGAAGCUACAGAGGUUCGUCAGCAAGGAAAGAAUCGAUCCAUCGAAGGAACAGGCCCCACGACAGGAGAACGAGCGCCCUAGACCACCUAUAGGGGACAUAAGAAUGAUCGUAGAGGGCACAACCGCAGCCGAAUCUUCCAAAAAAGCCCGCAAAACCUACCUCAAGAUGGUCCAUAGCGACCAACUUACAGGAUCCAUACCCAAGAUGCCACGAAUAGAUAACCCCGUUAUCGGAUUUUCAGAGGAUGACGCUCGGAGACUUCACCAUGCUCAUGACGACGCACUUGUGGUCAGCUUGUAA